CAUACAGCAGCAGCAGCAGCAGUGUUCAGGCGGGCGGAUUCACUGGUGGCUCGUGUUUCUCCUGCCUUUUCCAUGAUGUGGUUGAGUGUCGCGGUCGUUCCUCCUCCACCUGCUGUGUCUCCGCCCCGCUGGACGUCUGUUCUUUCGCACUGACCGCAGGUGGAUGUCCGCGCGGUGAACAGAGAGGACCAGUGCCCGCCCGCCCGCCGCUGCACUGACGCCGCGCUGCCGCCGGUCUAAGCACCUACACCUCUGCCGGACAUAGUGACAGUGACACCGGGAUACAGAUAUUCCACACAGCGGAACUGCCCGACUGCUCCCUCCUCACGACGAUGACUCUCAGCUCCUGAUUGAUUGAUUUUUUUUCUCAUCACCAUCCGUCUUGAAGCCCACUUGAUUCCGCGAUGGGUUCCCGCAGCCAAGGAUUCUUCCAUCACCAUCAUCACCACCACCGUAGCUCCAUGGUGCCCACCACCGUGCCGAGGCUUCUGCCCGAGAACGGCAGCCUGUUGGGCAGCAUUGCGCAGAUCACGCCCAACCUCUUCCUCAGCAGAGGGAAUGUGGCGUCAAACCGCAGCCUGCUGUUGUCCAAAGGCAUCACCUGUGUGGUCAACGCCACCAUCGAGCUGCCAAACUUCAACUGGCCUCACAUGGAGUACGUCAAGGUUCCGUUAGCGGAUAUGCCACACUCCCCCAUCUCCUUGUACUUCGACAGCGUGGCGGAUAAGAUCCACAGCGUGGGACGCAAGCGAGGGGCAGUGCUGGUGCACUGCGCGGCGGGCGUGAGCCGCUCAGCCUCCCUGUGCCUGGCGUACCUCAUGAAGUAUCACCGUGUGUCUCUGGCAGAGGCUCACGCCUGGGUCAAAGCCCGGCGACCCGUCAUCAGGCCCAACGGUGGCUUCUGGCGGCAGCUCAUCGAUUAUGAGAGGAAGCUGUUUGGUAGGAACUCUGUGAAGAUGGUGCAGACCCCAUACGGGGUCAUACCCGACGUGUACGAGAAGGACCGCAGGAACCUGGCUCCAUACUGGGGCCUGUGAGAGGCGGCUGUGGGGGUUUAGGCCUGUUCUGGACAGGUGACAUGGGACACGUGUGAGUGUAGAUCUGUGAGAAGCUUAUUUAACGAAUGUCGGCGUACGUGGACAAAGGGAAUGGAACCAAAUACUGGUUGUUGACGGCGCUGCUGUUCAUCCAGUCAGUCGCCUCCAUUUUGCCUUUGAGUGGGAGAAAAACCACUUUAAGCACAGAAUCCUUUGGACCAAAGGAUCAACAGCUCAUGUCAAAACAAGAUGAAACACUCAGAGAGUGAACGUUGGUGCUGUCUGUUCUGGUCUGAUGAUCUGGUUCCAGUUAGGGAUGGGUAUUGAGAGCCGGUACUAAAUUGGUACCAGUUGCUCAUUGGUCAGUACCAAAGUAUCAACAGGUGUCCGAACAAACAAUUCCGCUAUCAAUAUUUAUCCUACAUUUAUUCUAAUUUUACCUUAGAACAGCUGGAAAUGGGAAAAUGCUAACACAUUUUGCUAGUAUUUGCUAGCAUUAAGCACUAUGUGUGAUGUUGUGCUGUUUUCUGGUUCAUGCUAUCUUUUCUAAAUUUAGCACAUGCAUUGACUUGUAUGUUAAAAAUGUAGUUGCUCGUAAACACCAGCAACCACACAAAACAAACAAAAAAUAGUUUUACAGCUUUAACAAAGCUAUAAUUUCUGCUGCUGCUAAAAGAACUGUUCUCUCUGCAGCCAAAAAGCACUGUAAAUUUUUGUCUCUCAAAUUAAGUAAAACAUGUUGUUGCAAAUAAACUAGCAACUCAUGAAACGCUAUAAACCAAUAAAACAAAACUAAUAUUUCUACUGCUGCUAAUAGAAGAGUAGCAGACGAGCAUUAAAAAGUUUGGGCUGUCUUUGCUAAAAUUAGCAUAAAUUAUGCUACGUAUAUGUAAAAAUGUAGCAACAACACAAAAAAAACAUAAAAAUUCAAAGGUCCGUGCUAUAAGUUUUACUAGUUUAGCACAGUUAACUUUUCUGCUGCUGCUAACAGAAGUGUAGCGGAUAAAUGUUAGAACGUUUGGGCUCUCUUUGCAAAAUUUUAGCACAAAUGUAUUGACUUAAAUGUAAAAAGGUAGUCACAAGUUAACACUAGCAACCCCACAAAAAACACUUACUAAUCAUGUUUUACUUCUUAGCAAAGCUAACAUUUCUGCUGCUGGAAGUGUAUCAGAUAAGUGUUAGAAAGUUUGUGUGCAAAAGUUUAGUGGAAAUGUUUUGUCGUAUAUGUAGAAAGGUAGUUAAAAUUUAACACUAGCAACCCCACGAAAAACACAAUCAUGUUUUAACUUCUUUAGCAAAGCGAACAUUUCUGCUGCCGCUAACAGAAAUGCAGCGGAUAAAUGUUAGAGAUGUUUUGUCUCUCUUUGCUAAAUUUAGCACAAAUUAAGUGAGAGCGAACAGUAGCAACCCCACGAAAAACACUUGUGAAUGUAAAAGUUUAAUAACAUCAGGCAGGGCAACAAACUUUAGAUUUCUGCUGCUGCUGCUAACAGAAAUGUAGCAGAUAACCGUCAGAAAUUUUGGGCUGUCUUUGCUAAAUUUAGCGCAAAUGAAAAAAAUACAAAAGUCUAAUAGCAUGAGUCAGUGCAACAAGUUUUACAAGCUUAGCACAGCUUAGGUUUCUGCUGCUGCUAACUAAUGUGUAGCAGAUAAACGUUAGAAAGAAAUGAUGCAAUGUAUAAGCAAAAAUGUAGUAAAAAAGUGAACACUAGCAACCCCACGAAAAACACUAAUGUUUUAAUUACUUUAGUAAGGCUAACAUUUCUGCUGCUGCGAAAUGCAGCGCAUAAAUGUUAGAAAAGUUUGGGCUUUUGCUAAAUUUAGCACAAAUAAAGUGACAUAUUUACGUAAAAAAAUUAUUGUAAGUAAAGGUUGGGCUCUCUUUACACUAAAUUUAACAGAAAGUAAGUGGCAUGUACAUGUAAAAAAUAAAUUGCGAGUAAAUGGGGUAAAAGCUAGCAAAUUCAUGUGUAGCUGAAGUUAAUUGUAAAAAAGUCCUCUGGUGGUGAACUAGGAAGUCGCGUAUCCUCAGCACCACUUUAUAGACAAGUAUUGAUACGUAUCAAUAUUGAUAAGCAGUAUCAGUAUUGAAAAAAAAAAAAAAAAAUCCCAACGAUACCCAUCCCUGGUUCCAGUGGAGGACGAGCCGGUGUCGCCGCGGCUCCGACAGUCACAUGACUGAAGUCUUUGUCCUGACGUGGUGUCGUGUGGUGGUCUUGUGGUUCUGGUUUAAUCUUUUGGUGUAAGAGCAGCAGCAUGCUCUGACUUCAUGGUAGCAUUUAAGAAAAAAAAUGUACAGGAAAAACAACGUAUACAGACAAAUAAUUCCAACGGAUUAGAUCUGCCUUUUUUAAGGCGGAGGCUUAGGGGAAGCUCCUGUGUAACACAGGGUCGACUGUUCCGUCCUGUGACCACACUAUGUGUUUGUAGUGAUGUAUUAAAAAAAAAAUGAUGAUAAUAAUAAUAAAAAAAAAAAUUCUGCCACCUGAAGGGAAGUGGUAGCUCUUGAGAGAAUCUAUCUACCCCACUCUGUUUGCCUCUUUGUUUGUCUGUGGGUUCCAGAAAGUUCUUUCCUGGUUCAUUGAAACUUUUCACUCUGCUGCGCGUGAAAAAUCAUCGUCAAUAAUUACCGUACAGUCUCUGUACAUCACAACCAAAUCAAACAAACGUAGUGAUACAUUUGUGUGAAAAAAAAACCGCCUUUAAAUUUCUAAAAUUGUGUUAGAAAAACUAACAAACAAGAAGUUUCAGCUGAAUUUCCCACACUGUCAUGGACAGUGAACGCAUCGCGCGACAUCACGACGCAGCAGAGUCGACUUUUUAAACGCUUUUCUGCCCUAAUAGAUUUAAAGGUCCAGUCUGUAAAGUUUAGGAGUUGUUUUAAAUGAAUAAACUACCUGCUAAUAUGUUAGCAUGGAUGUAAAAUUGCUUUCAAACAAAAAUUGUCUUGUCUUUGUGGCCUAAGAACAAUAAUAAUAAUUAAAAAAAACUUUCUCCUGGACUUGAAGUGGGGGUCAUGUCUUGUUUUACAGAGGCGGCCAUUUUGUGCCGCCAUGUUUCUACAGCGACCUGAACAAACAAAAGAUAACAAAGAACAAAGACAUCCUUUCUGGUCAGGCCACCGUAGUUCUCUGACACACACUUGAGAAAAAAAAAAGCACACAACUCCUGUUUGUUGCAAUCUGCAGUCUCACCAUUAGAUGUCACUAAAUCUUACACACUGGACCUUCUGAGUGAUGUUACAAUGUUUAAAAAAAAUUAAAGUUUAGUGGAGAAAAGGUUUUUGUCUGUAUUCUGAGAAAUUAUUUCAUGAGAUGGUGGAAUUAAAAUUUUUGAAAAAUCA